AUGGCUCAGACCAAGGCAGGCCUCGGGCACCGCCUCGUCGAGCUCAUCGACAUCGACCGCGCCGUCAGGCUCCACGACUGCCACCGGCACGGGCACGGGCAUCACAACGGCCACCGCCACCAGGUCACCGGCAGCGGCAGCGGCAGCGGUCGCGCCGGCCUCGGCAGCCACAGCGGCUCGAGCGGCCCGUUGCUCUCGUCCACCAACGACACCCGCGUCAUCCUCGGCAGAGGCUACUCCAACGGCCAGCUGACCUACACGGUGCCCGUCAGCCUGGCCAGCCAGCACCUCAAUCUCCAGCUCGACACCGGCAGCAGCGAUAUGUGGGUCGCCAGCACCCGCUGCGGCACCGAGUCGUGCAAUGGCCGGCAAGGCUUGAAGGUGAACCGCUUCGACGACACCGACGACGCCGUGGUCGACCAAAACACCACCUUCUCGAUCCACUACCUCCAGGGCGGCGCAUCCGGUGGCGUAAAGACGACCAGCGUCCUGCUCGGUGACCCAGACACCUCUCGCCUCGCCGUCAACUCGCAGGCGUUCGCGUCGGCGAACCUCGUGUCCGACGAGGAUCUCGACACCGGCGGCUUCUCCGGCGUCUUGGGCAUGGGCCUGCCCGCGCUCUCCAUCAUCCAGGCCUCGCUCAACGACACGAGCGACACCGCGGCGCUCAACGAGGGCGUGGCGCCCCCAGACACCGGAUCGAUCCUGGCGGGGCUGUGGAGGAACUCGCGGCAGGGCAGGCGCUUUGUCGGCCUCGGCCUGCAGCGGCUAGAGGAGGACGGCGGGUCCGGCAGCAGCGUCCUCACCGUCGGCACCCACGACCCGGCCUACUCGGGCACCGACCUGAGCAAGAUCACCUACUCGCCCGUCGUCCCCGACCCGGACGGCAUCAGCAGGCACUGGAGGCUCUACAUGACCCAGAUGACGGUCUCGAUCGACGGCGUCACCAGCGUGAUCCCCAUCGGAUCGUCUUCGGCCACCGGCUCGGGCUACCCGAUCGCCGUGCUCGACACGAGCGCCAGCGUCAACCUCGGCCCGGCCAGCGUCCUCAACGCCCUCUACGGCGCCUGGGGCAUCGGGCCCGCCUCGGACGGCGGCUACUACAUGCGGUGCGACCUGCAGCUCAACAUCACCGUCACGCUCGGUGGGGUCAGCGUCCCGAUCCAUCCGCUCGACGCCAGCGUCUAUGCCAACACGGGCACCGGCACGGGCAGCUCCAACCCGCGAGCCGCGUGCAUCGGCUCGUUCCAGGCGCUGCGCUCGUCGUCGGGCGGCAGCGGCGAUUCCAGCGCCGACGCCGUCAGCCUGCCCGCCGACUUUGUCCUCUCGCCGGCCUUUUUGCGCAGCGCCUACACGGUGCUCUCGUGCGACGGCACCAACACCUCGGACGGGCCGGCGGGCCCCUGCGAACCGCAGGUCGGCCUGCGUCCGCUCGUCAACAUGACCGAGGCCACCGCCCAGUUUACGCAGGUGCGCGUCCAGAAGCAGCCGCUCGGCCACUCUGGGCUCGACGGUUCCGAGUCCGACGAUCCGGCCGAGGGAUCCAAGGGCCUCUCGGGUGGCAUCCGCGUCAUGAUCGGCUGCGUGGCGGCCAUUGUCGUCAUCGCCGCCAUCUUUGGCGUGGCGCUGUGGAGGCUGCGCAAGCGGCGGCGCCUGAUUGCCGCGCGCAGGGCUGCCAUGCUCGCGUCGUCCGGCGAAAAGGGCGAUCUGGCGCGCCAGGAGACGGGCAACGGCGUCCUGAGGCGCCUCAGCAGCCGCGGCGACGGCCUGCUGAUGCCCAUGACGGUCCUGACCAAGGACGACGACGACGACGAGAGCGCCAACGGCGUCCUCUCGCCGGCGCAGCGUGCAAAGGCGCGCCAGCUCAAGCAGAUGCACGGCGUCUUUGACGACGAGCUCAUCGGCGACGACGACAACGAUCCGGAACGCGCUGCCGCCGGGCUGGCGCCGAGGUGGCGAGACGACGCGCGAGGCCGCGCCGCCGGCACCGGCACCAACAGUGGGCUCCAGGUGGGGACGACAUCGUGGGACGUCUCGUCGACCGGCUACAUUGACGCCCGCAAGGUCAAGCGCGAGUACCUGCGGAAGCUCAACGAAGAGGAGCGCCAGAUCUUUGCCAACCCCGCACCCGCAUCGGCCGCCGACGGUCAGGCGGGCAACGAGGCCGGGACCGAGGCCGAGGGCAUGAUGCGCGGCACCUCUUACCACACCCUGGACCGCUCCUCGAACAACGGCAGCGACGGUCAACAUCGAUCCGACUCGCCUUCGCCCCUGCUCGGCCCCCGCGAUCGGAGCUAG